UAGGUAAUACUUAUCCACCAGGUGCACUUAUUAGUGGUGACUGCCAAAGAUGGGGCCCCUGAUCCACGGCUCUCCACUGCUACAGUGACUGUAUUAGUUAGUGAUAUGGGGGAUGAGCCACCGGUAUUCUCUCAGCAGGUGUAUGAGGCUACUGUACCAGAAAAUCUUCCUGAUGCUCUGCUCACCACCGUCGUAGCUACUGACCCAGACACCAAACCAGAGAUAACAUACAUAAUGGUGAAUGGGGAUUCACAGCUGUUUAGUGUGGAGCCUGAGACAGGUCAGGUUAGCACCUACCGUGGACUGGACUAUGAGGCCUCUCCCAGACACACCAUCAUUAUUGGCACCUUAGAAAAUUCUCAGGGUGGCUCACAG